AUGGACGUGGGUUCUCUUUGUAUACAACACCAGAGUGAAGGCUCUGCUAUCCAAAGCAGCAGUAGGAUGCCGUGGUCCUGGGUCUUUGCAGUGGUUUGCUGCUUCUUGUGCUUUUCCGGUGAUGCCUUCCAAAGGUAAUGUGCCUUCUCUUUUCAAGUCAAGUCAAGGCCUAGUCUUGGGAGAACUGCCUGCUUCCCAGCGCACGAUGAAUGCAUAGGCUAAGUACCUGAUGCAGCAGGGUCAAGGACAAAUCAGAAUUCCCUGAUGAGGUGUAUGUAGCUACUGUGCUGGGAUUGAUGUUAGCAUUCACAUGUUUUUCCUCCAGCCCAUUUUGUAUUAUAUGUGACUGGUGGCAGGUGGGAAGUUGUACUUACGUAGGAGAGAAUAGACCACCAUGGUGUACUUCAAAUUGGGGGAAGGUAGAAUUGAAGAAGUUGAAGGCAUGGGUGAAGAUAUAAUAAGAAACGAGUCAAAAGGCAGAGUUGGGGAGCAAGAGUAUGGAUAAAGCCUGUUAAGGCUGUGUAAACACUAUAUACCUUGUUUUUCGCUUUAUAAGACGCAUCAGACCACAAGAUGCACCUAGUUUUUGGAGAAGAAAAACAAGAAAAAAAUUAUUCUGAAUCUCAGAAGCCAGAACAGCAAGAGGGAUCGCUGAGCAGUGAAAGCAGCAAUCCCUCUUGCUGUUCUGGCUUCUGGGAUAGCUGCGCAGCCUGCAUUCGCUCCAUAAGAUGCACACACAUUUCCCCUUACUUUUUAGGAGGGAAAAAGUGAGUCUUAUAGAGGAAAAAAUACGGUACCUUUAUUGUACAGUGCUACCUCGGGUUAAGAACUUAAUUCGUUCUGGAGGUCUGUUCUUAACCUGAAACUGUUCUUAACCUGAGGUACCACUUUAGCUAAUGGGGCCUCCUGCUACCGCCACACGAUUUCUGUUCUCAUCCUGAAGCAAAGUUCUUAACCCAAGGUACUAUUCUGGGUUAGCAGAGUCUGUAACCUGAAGCGUCUGUAACUUGAAGCAUCUCUAACCUGAGGUACCACUGUACAUUUGAAGCCCCUUCUUUCCCUCAAAGAAUUCUGGGCACUUGUUAAGGGUUGCUGGGAAUUGUAACUCUUUGAGGUAUAAACUCCUUUAACUCCUUUAAUCCCAAUACUAUGGAAACGCCCUUUGAUUUGAUGAGUGGGUUAUAUGUAAAAGGAAUAAAAAAAGUGGACACAGAAAUAGUAAGAACUGGUAACAAACUGUCCGGUGGAAAGGUUGCAAAAAACAAAGUCUAGACUGUGGUGAGGGGACAGAUUGUAUGGUGAUGUUUUUACCAGAGAAGAUAAAGAAAGAAGAAGAGGGCGGAGGCAGUACAACUUUGGACAUACAGAUUGGCAUAAAUCACCUCAGCAGAGAAGUGAACAGCUGAAUUUGGGAGACAAGCCUGCAAUAAGCACAUCCUUUCCUUUAAGCUGCUACUUAAAAUUCAGUGCUGCAUAUUGAGAGAUGUCUCAGUUCCACUGAGAAAUCAAGGCAGGUCUCCAGAAAAUUGUGAUUAGGCUUUGUUGCCUAAUGUGGACUAAAUUUAAACAAGCGUCAGCAAAGCUGUUUUGGAGGGGCGGAAGGUAGAGGAACACAGGUCCCCCCCCCAUACUUUUGAGAUUGAAACUGUGACCUUUCAAAUGCAAAGCAUGUUCUCUAUCCCUGAGCUAUGCCAUUUCCCCCCUAAUCAAGGAAAGGGUCUCAUAAGAGAACAACUGCUUUUUCCUCCCCAUUUCUGGAAAGGUGCUAAUAAUGACAUAUCCUAGGUCCCUGCUUCUACAUAACAAUACACUUUCCCAAUAGCUAUGCCACAGCAGCACUGCAGAAAGCUAGAGAUGAAGAUGAAGGCAAGCGGAUCAUAGAAAGAACAAGGAAGCGCCCAUCUUUGUUCACACAGGACUGAUUAUGUAACACAGUGGAAUAUUUGGUCACAAAAUCCUUGCACUCGCAGAGUAAAAAUAGCUGAAAAAAUGCUACUGAUAACACUUAUCCCCAGAAAGGGUAAAUUUUAAUUGUAUUUUUUAAUUUGCCAUUGUAGUACAGCAUCACUGCUGUACUUUAAAUGUUACAAAGAAGAUUCUAAGGGAAGAAGCGACUGCAUUUGAUAAUUGUACUUUUGGAAAUUACCUGGAUGGCUAAUUUAGCUACUGUAAACUUAGCUGAUUUUGUCAUUGUAUUAAAGUUGGUUAAGCAAAGUCAAUCAUUUGCAGGAGCAGGUUCUUACGGCAUCUAUUUGGUCAUAUUACACUGUACUGUGUAUUGGGGGGGGGGACCAUGGAUUUAAACUGCAUUUGUAAAUGAAAUGAAGCAUAUUCAGCAAUCUGCCAAGUCUGGUUAACCAUUGUAGACAGUAGUGGGAUUGUGAGAGAGGGUGCCGCCAAGCAGGUAUGGGAGUCACUGUGAUAUAAAAGGAAGGAGUGGUUGGUCCUCAGGAAUAGAAAAACAAGUUGUAGAGCAACAAAUGCAAAUAGUGAUGGGGAAGCAUUGUGUCGGUGGGUGGCAAUAAAGAAUUAUGCUUAUGUAACAAACAUGAAGCAUCCUUCCCUUAAUAUUGGAAAAAUAAUAAUUUUUAAAACAUCCAAAAUGUAAGGACCACAAAUUUAUGCAGGUUUGAAGCUGUGGACAACAAUAUGCAAGACUAAAGAACAUGCUUCAAAAACUGCUAAAUGACUUUUAAAUAAAAUCGUGUGAUUCUAUUCUCUCUCUCUUUAAAGAUAGAUUAAAACUAGAGGAAAAUUACUUGCUGACAGUCCAUUGCAAGCAUUUACUGCCAUCUAGAGCAAGUGAGAGGUAUCUUCCAAGCCAAGGCAGCUGUCAUCUGUGAAUCAAGGCUGCUUCCCCCUUGCAGCAAAGUCUGAAAGUGGCCUCAAACAAACUGUAUUUCCUCACCAGCAUGACUUUAGUUCUUGCAGCAGUUUAUUCAGCUCACUGUGGGGUGGAAGUGGGAGAGGCAUUCUGGAUAUCCCAGAGAAAACACAACAGCAUUAGAAGAGCUGGUUCAGACUAAAGAGCCUUCUAAUCCAACAUUGCAUUCUCACAGUGGCCACCCAAGUUUUAUAAUUCCUUUCUUAACACCUUUCAGGAUUCCGCUUAAGAAAAUGCCCUCAAUCAGGGAGACCCUGCAGAAGAUGGGGAUGGAAGUGUCUGAUGGCUUCCCUUCCAUGGAGCACAGUCAAUACCAUCUUGGCGAAGCGCUUCAUAAUGUGACAGCACCUACCACCCUCACAAACUACAGAGAUGUGAGUGUUUGAUGAUGCCCCUUGAGCAAGCGAGUCAGCAGAUCAGGGGAGCCCAAGAAUCUUUGUAGAGAUAUUUAUGGAACGUGAUACGAUGGAGGGCCUUUCCACCUGUCCUUUUAAACCAUGCAUCCAUUAUGAUUUGUGCUUAUGAUGGCAACAGGGUGGUUUUGCACGAUCCUGCAUUCCUCACUGCGUACACCUGCAAAGGUGGUUUUUUGGGGGGUGUGUGUGUGGAUGCACUGCUUCAUCUCCCAUCAGUGCAGGUCCUGUAACUUUCUGCAAAAAUGCUGUAGUUUUUAUAGUACAAAUCUUUCAGGAUUGUUUGUGUGUUGCACUUUUGUGGUGUUGUAGAACAUUGCUUACAGAUUUGUUAUAAGUUACUGAGCAGCUUUUAAAUGUUAUAAAUAAAUAAAAUGAGAGUGUUCCCCUCCAGAUGCUAGAAUAGCAUUUGGAACACAUCACAAUACAACUAAGAAAGCAGAACAAUGUGUAGUUGGUGCAGCAUCAGUCUACCACUCAUACUUUAUUAUAGCAUCAAUGAUAUGUUGCCAAAUGCAGUCUGGAUGGGCGCUAAGAUUUAGGAAUCAGCAGCACCCACUAUUUAUUUGUAUUGCAAUAUGUCUUUCAGACGCAGUAUUUUGGUGAAAUCAGCAUUGGCACGCCAGCCCAGAUCUUCAAAGUCAUUUUUGACACAGGGUCGGCCAACCUUUGGGUGCCAUCCCACCAGUGCUCCCCACUGUACAGCGCCUGUGGUAAGUGAUAGUGAGUACCAUGCAUACUCAGAGAAACACAUGCCAACAAUAUAGUAUGGAAAUGCCUGGAUUCAUGGUUUUUUCCCCAUUCGAAUGCAUGGUAAUUAAAACAUUUGUUCAUCGUGGAGUAUGAUCUGUUUCUGGUGCACCAAUUAAUAUAACCUUAGUGUCUUUCUUUCCUAUUAGCUUCCCACGCCCGCUACGACUCCUCCAAAUCAAGUACAUACAGGCCAAAUGGAACUCAAAUUGCAAUCCAAUAUGGGAAAGGACACGUCAAGGGUUUCCUUAGCCAGGACAUUGUGACAGUAAGUACUACAACAGGGUAGAAGGCUCCUUUCUUUCCACUCAUAUGCCUUCUUGCUUCUGAAGGAGGGGAACUGGCGCAAAGCUUUCCUCUAUCCUGGCAGACACAAGGCCAUUCACAGGCCUGGAUUCUUCUAUACCAAAUCACUGGUUGAAGGCUAUGACCUCUUGCACUCAAUCAAGGAGAAUCCCCAUAGUCUGGACCAGCCUUCCCCAGGUUGAUGCGCUUCAGAUGUUUUGGGCUACAACUCCCAUCAGCCCCAGCCAGCAAGGACAACGAUCAGGAAUGAUGGGGAUUGUAGUCUGAAACAUCUGGCAGGGGGAACCAGAUUGGGAAAGGCUAGACCAGACUGCCAUGUGUCACUUCAACCACUAGAUCAGGGAUAGGGGACCUGCAGCUGACCUGCCAGGUGUUGUUGUACUGUCACUCCCAUCAUCCCUGACGAGGAGCCUUGCUGGCUGCAGCAGAUGGGAAGCAGAGUUCAACAAUAUAUUGAAAGAUUUGGCAUUCAGCACUGUCACACUCUCCAAGUUAUCUGAAUGAUGAGAAACUCCAGGGGCACAGUUCAUUAUAAUUUGGAAGGAAGUCACAGGAGGCUGGUGAAGUUUUGCAAAAUUUAUCUUUAUUUACAAAUAUGCAGGUUGAACAUUGGGGAAGAAAAACCCAUGCCUGCUUUGCUCCUUAGCAAAGGUAACCUUUCUUUUCCUUGUUUCUUCUAUCCAGGUUGCUGGCAUUCCUGUUUUCCAGGUGUUUGCAGAAGCCACAGCACUCACUAACAAACCUUUCAACUAUGCCCAGUUUGACGGAGUGCUUGGUAUGGGGUAUCCCAGUCAAGCCAUUGAUGGUGUUACCCCAGUGUUUGACAAGAUCAUGUCUGAACAGAUUCUGACGUCAGAAGUGUUCUCUGUCUACUACAGCAGGUGAUGGUUGUUUGGAAGAGCCUAUGUGCCAAAUAACUGGGAGCAUAGGUGGUCUGGACAAAUCCUUCACAAGGAACCAAAAACUCAUUAUCUAGUUCAGGCAUGCCCAACCUUCAGCCCUCCAGAUGUUUUGGACUACAAUUCCCAUCAUCCCUGACCACCGGGCCUGUUAGCCAGGGAUCAUGGGAGUUGUAGGCCAAAACAUCUGGAGGGCCGCAGGUUGGGGAUGCCUGAUCUAGCUGAAGCAUGUUUUCAGUGGUAGAGUACAUGCUGCUUUCCAGGUUCAAUUCCUAGGACCUCCCAUGUUCAAUCAGGGGCAUAAGAAGGCCCUAUCUCCAUUUCUUUGUGGCAGAGGGUGUGGCCUGAGGGCCACACACAGAGAGGCUACUGGGCCUUGAUGUACAAACAUUGGGGUUGCUCUUCUUUGCCUGGAAAGCUUAGUUUCCAUUCACGCAGAGUUCAACAUUGGCCCAUCACUGCACCACUCUGAGUAUCACUCCCCUCGCCACAUUCUCAAGCACAAGAACACUCUCCUCACAUUACUACCUAUGCAUGUUUUUUUGCUCCUGCCAACAAGAAUCUAAUCGACAGAACCUGAGGUAUAUCAUGCCAAGUGUAUCAGGUACAAGAGUGGGCAGGAAGGAGAAAGUGACUGCUUGUGAUUUCUGUCCUAGGAAUUCUGCGCUGAACACUGGGGGAGAAAUCAUCCUGGGAGGCAGUGACCCAUCUUACUACACGGGGGACUUCCACUAUCUCAGCAUCAGCCGGGAAGGCUAUUGGCACAUUGAUCUUAAAGGGUGAGGGAUGCUGCUUUUUACUGCUCCAAGUAAUUCACAAACCCUUCUAAACUCCAUCGUCGUGUGAUAAUCCAAUAAACACUCCAUUUAUCAAACUUGGGUUCCUUUUUAAAAACAAAAACAACAACAAUCCUUAUUGAGCUUUAAAAUUGUACAAAACAUAUCCCCCCUCCCAAAUAUCCUUUCAAAAUGAAAACAAGGACUUUAAAAGCAUUAAGGAAGAGAAGGGAAAGGGUAUGUGGAGGCAUUUUCAUACACCAGUUUAUCCUUUCCUUAAAUCAAUAUAUAAUGCAGCUGUAAAAUGUACAUUGCCUGGAAUGUAUAAUUUUAUUUAUUUGUCUUUUUAUGUAUUCAGCGCUACAUUAACACAUUCAUGGCCAUAAUAUCACAAAAAACAGUCAAAUAAACUUUCACAGGCGUGCUUGGUCUCUAGGGCUGCGGAACCCAUUGCCCUCUAGAUGUUGCUAGACUACAACUCCUAUCAUCACUGGUCUUUGGCCAUGCUGGCUGAUGGGUGUUGGUAGUCCAACAACAUCUGCAGCGCCAUAGAUAACUCCAUAUAUUAGCACAUACAUCCUAUAGGUUACUUAUCUUCUCUAGCUGUCAGAAUGGCUGCUUCACUGCAAGGGCGAGGGUGGGUAGGGCAUAAGGGUUUGUCUGAAACAUGAAAGGCUCUUUUGCUUUCUCCACAGGGUUUCUGUCGGGGGCGAGCUGCUGUUCUGUCACGAAGGCUGCACGGCAUCUGUAGAUACCGGGACUUCCUAUAUCACGGGCCCAGCUAGUUCAGUGUCUAUUCUGAUGAAAGCCAUAGGAGCUACUUUGUUUGAAGAGAAAGAUGUAAGCAUACUGAAAGGUCUCCUCCAAAAGCUUAUCCUCUCUUGCAGUAGGUAGACAAAGAAAUGACAGGUCAAAAAAGUCAUGAGGAAAAACAGCAGUGGAACCUGAAGCCUGGUUGCUUUUCAUGCAUGCAAACACUCCCUUGGUGCCCUUGAAUGCUGUUUUGUUUUGUUUUGUUAAAAAGUGAAGCGCUGGGUCUCAUAUCUUAGUAAAAGUGCCAUGCAUGCCAGCACAAAAUGGCUGCCAUAGGUAGCAAAAGAAGACAUGACAGUACUCUAUGCCUGAGACUCCCAUUACAGUAAAAACACUUGAUUAGAGGUGCAAUUGUCAAGUCUGAAACUAGGAACCUUAGCACUGCCCCUUCUCCUUGUAAGUAAUUUGCUGGUCUUCUCAAAAGGUGAAGAAUAUAGACAGUAUGGAUUUGGAGGCUGCUUUUGCUUACAUGAAACCUAGAUUGAAAUCUACGCAUGAGGGAGAUACUCCGAUGGAUAUUAGAUGGGCUUGGUCUUCAACUCUUGCCUGAAGUACUUUGCCCCACAGUCUUGAGUACAGGACCUAAAAGUUUCAUUUUCUUAUUCACUCCUUUCUCCUCUCACAGUAUAUCAUCGAAUGCAAGAAAAUUCAUUUGCUGCCUGAUAUCUCCUUCCAUUUUGGAGAGAGAGCCUACAUACUUAGUGGCUCCGCCUACGUCCUCCAGGUAAGAUGCUGGGCAAGAUUUGCAAUAAACAGGAAAGGUGGAGGGCAGCUAGGAAAUAGAGGAGUUGGGGUAGAAAAAAAUUCCAGGGGGAAAUUUUUGAGGUCUGAUACUUUGAGCAAUGGUGCAACAAUAAUAGGCACAGUGGAAAACAGGAGUGCCUGGCGUGCUCUGGUCCAUGGGGUCACGAAGAGUCGGACACAACUCUUUUGUGUUUUGAGACUACAAUUCCCAUCACCACUGGUCCUGCUAUCUAGGGAUCAUGGGAGUUGUAAGCCAAAAACAUCUGGAGGGCCGAGGUUGAGGAAGCCUGAUCUAAGGCAAUAAAACUGUCUCACUGACUCACUUCCCUGCUUGGUUGCGCCAUUCUCUCUGCAGCAUUCUGAAUAUGGCCAAGAGUUCUGCACCGUGGCAUUCUCAGGUUUCGAUAUUCCUCCUCCACUGGGCCCUCUCUGGAUUCUGGGUGCUAGUUUCAUCGGAGAGUACUACACCGAAUUUGACCGGCAGAACAACCGAAUUGGCUUUGCCACAUCCCUCUGA